AUGUGCAAAGGAAAAGACCACGUGCACCCAACUCAGCCCGGACAACCCGCUGAACCUCACCAUGAUCACGACCACCACGACCACCACCAUGGCUGCGAGGGUCACGGGCACAAGCAUCAGCAUCAUUCCCCCAAAGGUCAACUCCAACAAGCAGCUGAGCCUCAUCACGACCACGACCACCACGACCACAGCCAUGCCUGUGGAGGAGGACAUGGGCACGGCCAUCACGGUCAUCCAGGCCAUGGUUCCCAUGUAGAUCAACCUGAGCAAGGGCAGCCACCUCACCAUGACCAUGACCACCACGAUCACAGUCAUGCCUGUGCAGGACACGGACACGGCCGCCCUGACCGCGACACGUACGCGGAGGCUAACAGGGAGCACUUCGAUGCCCACCAAGAGGAGUUUGAGAAUCACCCACAUGCAGUCGAGCGGGGAGUCAGGACGGCGUUGGCUCUUCGAGACGCUUAUGCCUUUGAUAAGGAUAAGACAACUGUCCUUGACUUUGCGUGUGGCACUGGCUUAAUUUCCCAAGAACUCGCGCCCUACGCCCUCGCCAUCAAAGGCGUCGACAUCAGCCAGGGUCUCGUCGAUCGGUAUAACCAAAAGUUUGCCGAGAACAAUAAACACUUGAGCGCCGUCCGUGUCGAGCUUAGAGACGACUCCAAAGAGCUCGAAGGCAACAAGUUCGAUGUCAUCUUCUGCGCUUCAUCAUACCACCACAUCUCCUCCGUCGAAGAAAUAACCCGUGUUCUCGUCUCCUACCUCAAUCCAGGCGGGGCGCUCUUUGUCGUCGACAUGAAGAAGACGGGGGAAUCAAGCAUACCCAAGGAGUACCAUCACAUUGUGCCUCAUAAACACGGGUUUAGUGAGGAUGAGAUUCGCAAGUUGUUUGAGGGUGCUGGGUUAGCGUCUUUCAGCUAUAAAGAAGUCGCGUCAGGCGAAGGCGAUUUAGAUCUGUUCAUCGCUAAAGGUAUCAAACCAGCGUCAGCUUAG